CGACCAUACGCAAGGUUCUCUGUUGGUCACCGUGCCUGGACGCGCGCUGCAUUUGUGUGUGGUGUUGUUUUUUCCCGUGAGUGCGUUUCGCUUUUACUGCUGUACUGUGGCAAAAUUUACGAACGGCUGUUUUGUGAUUGUGUGUUUUUUUUUCAAAUGUGUGAAGAAGUGACAAAAAAGGGAAUUCAAGACCAUAAAGGACCUGCAAGGUACUGACGCGCGCUAUAACAACAUCCGUAACGGGAGGUGAUUGUUAUUGGUUUUGUGAACUGUCGGCUUGUUGAUGAAUUGUUGGUCCAACUUUUGUAAAGAGAAAUCUGUGUUUAGGACAACAGUGAAGAUGGCAAAGGUGUCUUAAGAUAUUUAAAAAAUAAUAAAGACUUGAAUAUCUCCCCAAGUAAUCGUAAGAAAACGUGGAAAAAUAAUAUUUUAGUGAUGUGUUUCAAGUGUUUAGUGAACUUUAAAAUUUGUUAUCGGUAUUAUGGACAUUUACUGUAUUGCUCUAAAACCUUUAUAAUUGUUCUCUGUGAAGUACGAUUGAUUCAAAAUUGACCUUUUCCAAAGCUCCAGAAUCUCUCCAAGGACUCUCUACUGACAGUUCUCUUCCAGAAACCAUUUGUUCAACUGGUUUUAUGCAAAUUUUCCCACCAUUGCAUUUCCCUGCUCCCACCCGACGCACAUAAAUUUUUGGUGUGUAUAUUUUAACUCUUUUCCACAUUUUUGUUCGCUGUUUUUUUACUGUGCUAUGUGUGUUAUCAUAUCACACCCACUAUCGUUUCGCUCGUCCGGACCGGAUCUUGGCCGGAUUUUCAUCCGGAUGCGACGGACAAGUACAAGUAUCCCGUGAGUCUAAAUAAAAAGAAGCUCUACCGUGGCGCAACUACAAUAGCUACAACAAUAACACACACAACGACAAAAAAAAGAAGCGGAAGUGUUGCCCCGUUAUCGUGGGUCUCUUUUUCACCCGUGAGUAAUGAUAGUGUUGCGAAUUUGGCCACCUUGGUGUAUGUGUACACUUGCUGGUAACAAAUAAAAGCUCCAGGGAAAGCCUGCGCAAAAGGGACGCUUUUUUUUGGCUCGAACAGGCUUUCUCCCUCGGCCGAGACCCACUAGCUCUAGUGAAGGGAACGUUUCUACUAGGUGGUCAGAAUUACUGGGGAAGGUUUGUGUUUUUGCUAUUUUCAUCACUGAUAUGGAGUGAACCCAUGGGCUCCCUCUCGGCUCGGCACAAACGGAUGGGCCAUUCGUGGUGGACCAGGAAAUGGAAGGUGUCCGGUAACGGUAACCGGCCAGUUCCGUUACGCUUUUCCUGUUCCACUCCAUACAGACAGACAGUGGACGUGGAACUGCUGGGGUUCUAGUCACCGGUGCCAGGACCUCUGGCAUUCGCUAGUGACCGUUCGCUGGGGUAAUAGAAUAGUAACGAUUUUAUUGUUUUAUCCUGGGUUUGUAAGCGCGUCACCGGUUUUUGGGAGAUUUUACAACCGUUUUCCGGUGCGGGGGUUUUCGAAUAGACAAAGGCAAAUAUCAUGAUGCAUUUUUGUGAUAGACAGCUGAGAAUACGUCCGUGGAAUGUAACUUGAUGUAUUUGUUUAACUUCUUUUUAGUUUAAAGUUUAAAAUGAUGAUGUUUUGUACGAAGCUUUCGAUAGUUGAGAACAUAAAACAUGAAUUUUAUGUGUAGUUUGUAGGAUCCCGUCGGAUCUUUUUUUGUAUCCUGAAGUACUAGAAAUUCUUGAAGUUAUAAGGAAAAGAGAAAUAACAAUGAAGAAUGGCUUCCGAUUUGUUUAACUAAACUUUUUCUAAUAACAACUACUACAAUAUUGUUGUGCGUCUGUUUGCUUACUAGAAAUCCAGAAACAUUAAAGUAUACAUUGUAGUGAAUUAAAUGUUAAAGCAAUGUACUUAAGUGAUAGUGAAAAAAUGCUACUAAUGAAAACAAUAUAGAGAAAAACAAAAUUAAUAUCAAAAAUUUGCUAAAAUUCAAAAAGAAGUUACAAUAGUGAAAGUGUGAAACAUUAAAAAAGGUGAUAAACAAGCACUUGUCGCAAGAGAAAAAAAAAGUCCAUUUCGUAAUACAAAAGAAAAGAAGGAAAAGUGGCCGCUGCUGUGGCUGCCGGUUACGCUGGUGGCGUGUGUGGUGGAAGCAUCAUCGGUCACGGGGAAGCCACAACGGCCGGGCCCGUUCCAGGUGCGAGUGCAAUCGUCGGCAUCGGUGCGGACGGACGGGAGCACACAUCCAAGAUUCGACUGAAAACUGGAAAACCACGGCAGGGCAGCGUUGAGGACGGUUGCAAAAUUAUGAUCGAUAUUAAAAGCUCGCCCGAUUAUCUGAAUCGGUCCUCCGGUGGAUCAUUCGGUAACUUUUCAAUGUUAUUUGCUGACUCUUCGUACAAAUCAUCAUGGGGCUCACACAGCUCGUCCCAGAGUCAAGAUCCAUAUCAGAUGUUCGGUCCCACUAGCAGUCGGUUAGCGAGUUCUGGUUCCGGACAGAUUCAGCUAUGGCAGUUCCUGCUCGAGCUGCUCAGCGAUUCUACGAACGCCACCUGCAUCACGUGGGAAGGUACGAACGGUGAGUUUAAGCUGACCGAUCCGGACGAGGUGGCCAGACGCUGGGGUGAACGAAAGUCAAAACCCAACAUGAACUACGACAAACUCAGCCGAGCGUUAAGAUAUUACUACGAUAAGAACAUUAUGACGAAGGUGCACGGCAAGCGUUACGCCUACAAGUUCGACUUCCAGGGUCUGGCGGCCGCAACCCAACCCCAGACGGAUCCGACCUACAAGUACCAGAGCGACCUGUUCAUGUCGCCGUACCAUCACGGGGCCAAGCUGAGCUCGUUCAUGAGUCCCCAUCACAGCAUGACGUCAUCUUCCGCCUCCAUCUUUCCAUCGGCCGCCUCGUGGGGUAACUGGGGCAGCCCAGCAACGAACCUCUACCCAUCGCACACGAUGAGCCACGUGACGCCGUCGCAUGUCGCGCCACAUCUGGGCUCGUAUCCGCACUACGCAUGACCAACGCCCACGACCACGUCCUCCAGCCACCAUCAUCACCAUCACGCUCAGGUCGACAAUUUCGAUCUCUACAAGAAGCUAACACCGUACGAAUAAUAGCAUCCGCUAAUCCCGCAGCAGCAGCAGCAUCAGCACCAACAGCAGCAGCAACAGCAUCACCACCAUCAGCAGCAACAGCAGCAUCCGCAACAGUUGCAACAUCAGCAACUGCAUCCACAUCAUCCGGAGUUUUUCUAUCAGCCCGAGCUUGUCGGAUUUCCUCGGAAGCAGCAGUUGCAUCAGCUGCCCUCAGCGAACCCGCUAGUGCCGGUAACGGCCGAUGUACUGCUGCUGCGGACGGCAUCGCGCACGACGGACGAUGGUGACGGUGGGCAGGUUGGUAUGUUUCGUGGCACGAGCACAACCAUCGACCCUACCGCAACGACUACCAGUAACACUACAACCACUAUUGCUACUAUCAAUACUACCCAGUUAGAUAAAUGUAUUUUAGACUAUCUAAGAAAUGUCUCAACUUUUAAAUGAAGCGCAUAGUACGACGACGAUGUAGGACGGCGGCGGGCAGGUCCGUUUCGGUUUUGGGCGUGGAGACCUUCGUAAUGGAGCGAAGGUAUAUUUUUAAACCAAACCAAACUCAAAAAACCGAUCAGUGUAUAAUUAGCAAUAUAUUUGUUGUAAUGUAACGCUGAAACGAUCCUUCACCGUGGGGGGACUUUCUGUCACAAAGCAAGCGCAUAUGUACGUUACAUAGAUAAACUAAAAGCUAAUAGCGAAGUGUGUAGACACGGGAACCGACUCAUUAAAAAAAGAAGAAGAAAACACAAACCAUUGUACAAUGUACGCAGGCUAGUCUGGGACGGGCUUACGGACCGGGGUUUGGUAAAAAAAUCGUCGGUUAUUAGUUACCUUUGUGCGAAGUAUUUGAGAAAGCAAAAAUCCCCUCCCGCUAGAUUUAAGGCUCAACGUUUAUGCUAAGUUACACUAAAUGCCGAUAGAAAGCGAGAUACAAUUAAGAGACUAAAAAAGGGUAAAUGAAACAAACAAAAAAAGAAACUAUUCUCGCUAACAGUUCCCACCAGACACAACAAAAAGAUCGCUAAAAACACGUUCCCUAAUGGGUUUUUGCCAUAUUUUCCGUUUUGUUUUUGUUUCCGUUGAUCGGUAUUGUUGUACAUAUAAGCGAUAGAAGUAUUGUAAGUGCUUUAUUUAUUAUGAUUGUAUUUGUUUCACCACAUUCGAUGUAUGGAAGGAAGAAGCAAAAGUCAGAUACACGAUCAAGAGUAGAUCGAGAUCGAAUGUAACCAAAUGAAAAGAAAAACAGGAUCGAAGUAACAAAUCUAGUCUUCUGUCAAAGCAAUCGUUUACCGGUGAGUGAGUGAAAAGAUCGCUGAAAACGGAAAUCAUUGUUCUUAUAGUUUGUAAAGAUCACCCGAAAAAAAAACAAACAAAUUGAAACACAAACAUAAAACAUUACAAAGUCCUUGUUUGAAGAAGAGUUUCGAUGGAAAAAUAAGAAAAAAAUACUCAAACCGAAUGUAAUGCCCCUAAAUGUAUGCAAUACGCUACACAAACGAUACGCGGUAAAUCAAUGUCGAAAAAACAACAGACGGCAAACGAAUACCAAAGGCGUGCGAUAAAUGGAAGCGCAAAACAAAACGCAAAUAUUUAUACAUAUAAAGACUGUGAUAGUUAAACGACACUUGUUACACAUUUUGUUCAUUGCAAAAAACAAUUUUUACUCGAUGAAAGCACGCGGAAAGCGUAAACGGACGCUGAGAGAGUUAAACGGAAGCAAAAGGGGUAAAUCUAACAUGGCGGCUGUAGUAACGCUGGAACGUAAAUGGUUCCCACAGCUCCAUCUCGAUCAGGAUUAGAGAUUCGAUUUCCAACCAUUUCCGUUUUACGUACCUUAAUUUUUGUGUGCUUUUCGGAUCGGGACAAAGUGGCGACAAGGGCAGCAAGUAUGUAAGGUCGAAGAUGUAAUUCCAAACAGAGGGAGAGAGAAUUUAGAGUAUAUGUAUUGUGUGUAAAUAAUCAUUGUACCGUAACCUAUCGAUGUGUAUAUUUGAUCUAGUCAAAGGAGAGUUGAUAAAACAAACCAAACAGAGUGUAUUAUUAAACAGUAGACGAUCGUCUGAUAGCCCGAUAACUGUGUUGAUCUUAAGCUCAUCACUCCAUAUGGCGGGGAUGAAUUGGAGACUUCGUUUUGCCCAAGUGAAACAAGCCCAAACAAGUGAUUAUCAACUUUGAAGUCACAACGGGAAACAUCCUAACGAAAAGUGGCACAAACGUGCGAUCCGACAGAACCGUUUGCUUUUUUGUACAUAAAAUGAUCAUUCACACACCUUUGCCAUGCCGGAACCUUUGCAAAACAGAUCGAUGUCGUACGUAAAUAUGUGUGUUUUUGAAACAUAUUAAUGUGUUUCGCUGACUACUGCAAAAAUCUGGCUACUGAAUAAAGGGGAAAGAUAUGGUGGGUGAACCUUGCCGGAAAAACAAGGAAAAUCAAUUCAAACAACCAAACAAACGAUCACCGGUCGGUAUAGCCUAUAGUUGUGUAAUCUACGAUAUGUGUGUGUCUGUGUGUGUAAAAUCUAAGUUCAAUCAUUGUCUUCAUACUCAACGGCAACCUAUACCAAAAAGGGACACCAUUGUACAUUGAUUCAAUCGACUUUCAGGGCCGAGUCGAGCAAAACAAACCAAAACAAAAAAAAAACCAAAAAUAACUGAAUUAAUAAAAUUCGUAUAAAUGUUUCAAAAAUCUAUCAUUAAA